UUUGUUGUAGGACGGUUAGCUCGUUGCUCUGGUACCUGGCGGCGGAAAACGAACCUGACAGGCCCCUUUGGCCUCGUUGGCUAGUUAAGCAGUUGUUGCAAAAAGUGACAAAGACGACGCAACAUCGCACGUCCGGAUACUCGUCUUAGCCAGCAGGUCCAUGCAAGGCUUCCUGCAGGGCGACUGGGUAUGUCGGCUUUUCUCCUGCUGCUGCUAUUGACAAGGUGAGGCUGCGUGGAGCCGCGAUGAAGUCAGGCCGACGUCGUUGGUCGUUGGCUGACUAAGUCAACUAAGUUAGCCGGGCAACGACAUCUCAUCCUCCUCCACGUCGCGACGCAGUAGCUACCUGGCCAGCUGCAACAGCAGACAGCGAGAGGACAGCAAGAGGACAGCAAGAGGACAGCAAGAAGACAGCAAGAAGACAGCAGGAGACCAGCGAAGAUGUCUGCCAAAAGGGCUGUGUUCACGGACAAGGCUCCCGCGCCGCUGCCGGUGUUCUCGCAGGCCAUCGUCCACAACGGCAUCGUGUACUGCUCCGGCCAGGUUGGAACCGAUCCGGCUACCCGUGAGCUGGUCGAAGGGACCGUAAAGGAUCGCACUGCCCAGAUCUUUCGCAAUAUCACCGCAGUACUGGAGGCUGCAGGUUCAAGCCUGGAGAAGCUGCUCAAGGUCAAUAUCUUUCUUACCAACAUGGAUGACUUCGCCGCGGUCAACGACGUCUACGCGCAGGUCCUUAACUUUGAGCCCAAGCCGGUCCGAACAUGUGUUGCGGUCAAAACCCUUCCACGAAACACUGAUGUCGAGAUUGAGUGCUCGGCUUAUAUCUAAAUAACUAGCCUUAGCUAUAUUCACCCUUUUCCCCCCCAUUUUCAACUGGAGAGUGCAUAAGGGGAUCAAGUACUCCGUACAAACGUACAAAUGUAUUUAGCUAGUCAGCAAUCAGAAGAAAGAAAACGAUUAAGCGUGCGUUGUCCUGCUUGUCAGACAUGAACCGGAACAGAAGCAAUAUCUCACUAACUUCCACGUGGGAAAUAGCAAAGAAGUCGCAAAAAUAAAGACGCAAAACCAAC